UGUUCUUCAUCUUCACUUUGUCAUUUUGAAUAUAUUGAUUGAUUUAUUUUGUGCGAAACAAAAAAAAAAUGGUUGCAAAACAACGUAAUAGUAAUCCAAUUGAUUAUGCAUAUCGUUAUCAACAUGAUGCACAAGAUGUUCGUACACCUGAAUAUCGUUUUGUUAAAUAUUUUAAUCUUUUAAUGGCUAUUGGAUUUUUAAUUUCAUCUGUAUGGAUUUUUAUAUUCAUUUUUAAACAAGCUGAUUGGGAAUAUAAUCUGUCGUAUGAAAAUGCCAGAAAAAAUUCUGCUGUAACCACAUGGAAAUGGUGGACAUUUACAUCGGUUAUUGUUGCAGAUUUACUUGGCCUAAUGUUUAUUGUACGUGCUAUUUAUGCUGAAAAUCCAAAUCAAUUAAUAACAUUAUCAAUAUUAUCAUAUGUUUUUGCUGUUUGGGGUUUGGCAAAUGUUUAUCUACGUGGAUCGAUUGUUUGCUUUGUUCUACCAUUUACUGUUGCAACAUUAUCCGUUAUACAAUUUUUAAUGCAACGUGAUGAAGAUAAAGAAUUUCGUAUUAGUCAAGAAUUACGUUGUAGACGUCAACCAAAACCAACAAUGGAAACAUUUCUUGAUGAUCAUGAACGUGCUGUGGAAAAACUUUGAACAGAGGGG